CAUCUCCAAACUUCACUUCCUUUUCCUAUGGCGGAAUCAUGUGGGACGUUUUGUUGCAAUUGUCGAGGUCAAUGAACUUUACCUUUUCAAUUAUUCGACCUCCCGAUGGAAAAUGGGGCGUUUUGGAAGCCAAUGGGUCAUGGAAUGGAAUGGUGGGCAUGGUUUCGAGGAAAGAGGUCGAUUUUGCCUUGGGGCCAUUUGGUAUGAGUGCCGAACGAUCAGAAGUGAUCGAUUUUUCCUUUCCUUUGAGACAGGAUAUUUUGGUCACGGUUACUCCAGUGCGACUGGUCCCGGAUCUUUGGGUUAUUUGGCGCCCUUUUGGGAUCAAAGUUUGGAUCACCUUCUGUGUCACCUUUAUCUCCUUCCUGAUUCUUUUUGGGAUAUCAGACAAACUUUUCCUGAAACAAUCGAGAUGGGGGCAAAUCAUGGAAUUUCUAUUAAGAACUUUGGCCGGAGAUGGAUCCGUUCCUUUGCCGAGAACAUGGAACUAUCAAUUGUUUUUCACUAUGACAUGGAUCUUAGCCAUGUUUAUCUUAGGCCAAGGAUAUUCCGGAACCUUGGCAUCCUUAAUGACCAUACCCAAGGUGCCCAAAAUGAUUGAGGAUGUGUCAGACUUGGUGGAUCAAGGUGACAUUCCAUGGGGUUUGGAGACCGGCACCAUUUUGGAACAAACGGGAUCCAAAGCUCAAACUGGAUCGCUGCUACACAAGUUUUAUUCAGGGGCUCAAAAGUUAAAGGGCAGCUGUUACGCGGAUUUGGAUAAAAUCAAGGACGGCAAACUGGCUCGACUCUGUGAAGGUCUUACGGCCAUGAGUAUGCUUUCCGAUGACUUCUCUAAGGAAGGCAAAUGCUACAUGUAUGCGGGUAGAGGAAGUUUCAUGAGCUUUUCCUACGCAAUAAUUCUUCAGGUAAAUGAUAUCUUCAAGCUCGCCUUGAGAGGCUGA